AUGAAAGGUCCCCAGAUCCUCUACACCCGAGUAUUCUCCACGAAACUCACCUCCGCCACCACCAACCUGCACCACCCCCCACGAACAAUCCAGUACAGCUGCUACUCCUCCGCCACACCAAACUCCAACCAGGAGAUUCCCGAAUUCCUCGAGCGCCAGCUCCUCAGGCCUGACAGGGCCGAAACCUGCCAAUCAGGCACGGAUGAUGAAGUCGCACGCCACAAGUCUCCCUAUGACCCUACGCAGACAUCCGUGGACAAGGAAGUCUCGGCGCUGAGAGCGGAAUACAAACUGGAAAGAGACAUGCAUGACCCGCUGCUGGUCAGCCCCGCGAAUCAGGAAGUCAGUAUGGUCUUGGAUCCGAUCCAAGAAAUGGCUCACAGCACGCAUCUACAUGUACUAGGGAGUGCGAAGGGCUUGACGCACAAGAGCAAGGAGGUCCUGCUUCGCAAGGAGCCUUAUAUAUUCAGGACAUAUGAGAAUGUGUUCUCUAGAGGCGAUGCUCGUCAAAAGGCGCGUGUUUGGGAUACCUGA